GGGAGGUAGACACUCACACUGCUCACCACAUCAUCAUCACAACUCCCAAAAAUGUUUUACAAAGUGUUGGUGGCCGUGCUGGUGGUGAGCGUGACCCUGGCUGACCCUGACGUCUACGAACCAGUCUACAAACCGGAGCCGCUGCCCUACUACUUCAACUACAAUGUGUACGACGACUACAAGGGCGCCAACUACGGCCAGCAGGAGAAGUCCGAUGGUAAAGCUGUGUACGGCUCCUACACCGUCGACCUCCCCGACGGUCGCAAACAAAGGGUGGACUACACAGCUGACCACUACAAGGGCUACGUGGCCAAGGUCAGCUACUACGGCAAGGCUCAGCACCCUAAAUACUACGGCCCAGCCAUCACCUUCAAGCACCAAGGCUACGGCCACUGAGAACCACUUCACCACACCAUUAUAACUUCACACACACUAUACAGCCGUGCCACGUUAAUGUUUUUAAAAGCUCUAUGUUUUAAAUAAAUAUAUUUUCCGAA